AUGUACUCCAUCACCAAAGCCGUCGCCGCCGUCCUGGCCCUGACUCUCACUGCCGCGGCUGCUCCCGCCGCUGAAGGCGAGCACAUGAACCAGCUCGCGGCUCGCACCAACGGCGACUUCACCUACUACAACACUGGCCUUGGCGCCUGCGGUAAUACCAACAACGACGACGAGAUGGUGGCCGCUGUAGGCCACGGCCUGUAUGACCGCUCUCAUCCUUGCGGCCGGAAGAUCCGCAUCCACUACAGGGGCAAGUCUGCUGAGGUCAGAGUUGUUGACCGUUGCGGCGGCUGCAACGACAACUCUUUGGACUUGUCCCCCGCUGCUUUCAAGAGGAUUGUCGGCAGCCUUGGACCCGGUCGCGUUCAGGGCAACUGGGAGUUUAUCUAA